GCUUGACGAGGCCCUUGCCGCUCCAUCACACCCUUGCUGCUCUUUGCCGCCUCCCUGAUCGCCACGAUGUCGUCGCCGCUCACUCGGAUCGGCACCUGCCUGUGUCUUGCCCUCGCCGCCGGAGCUCCCGCUGACAUCAACUCGGAUCUGACGAAGGCCGCGCUUCAGGCUGCGGUUCCGGAGGCAGGAAUGGCCGAGUCGGCGGCGCAUACUCAGGUGCCCGGUGGCGGCGGCGCCGAGAUCCAGGAGGAGUUCGCCUCGCUGAUUCAGCCGAUGCUGGGCAACGCGACCAACGAGACCUGCACUGACCCGUUCCCUGUCGACAUCUUCAACGAGACUAUCCGCCAGCAGGGAGGGUACAGCAAGCUCGCGCUCGUCUGCAUCGAGGGGACCGGCCUCGGCAUCAUCGGAGGCGACCGUCUGUACAUGGGGCAGCCAAUCACCGCCGGCAUCAAGGCAUUCACGCUCGGAGGCCUCGGCUUCUGGGCGCUGGCCGACUACGUCAACGUGAUGCUCAACGCGGUCACCCAGGACGAGGGGCAGAUGUGGUCCUUUGCGCCGCAGACGUGGACCCUGCAGGACGGCAAGCCCGCCUUCCUGCACUUUUGGACCGACUGCAACCUGAAGUAUGCAAGGCUGGCGGCGCUCGGCUUCAUGGUCGUCGGCGCGGUCGUCGCCUACAAGGCGGCAAAGAAGUGCCUCACCACUGUCUUCGACUUCUUCAAGAACGGCGCCUCCAAGGCGGGCGAGGCGGCGGCGGGGCUCCUCUGAGCCCGGUCGGGCGCGGGGCAGCACGCUUUGUGCGGCGGGCGACCGCCUCUGAACUCAGAGAGACGAGUGGCCACUCACGCACCACUCCAUGCAUGAAUGAGAGAUACUUUGACUCACAGUAUAUACACACGUACACAGAGCUGGGAGCCCGCAGUACCCCUUGGCACGUCAUGGAGCAUUGGAGCAGACGGUGUCGGGACGCGGGAAAGUCAUUCAUUCCAUUGCGAGUUUUUCGUACCGCGAAAAAUAAUCACACCGC